AUGGCCGCCGUACCGACACCAUUACUCAAGCCGCACGAUUAUACAGUGGCAUGGAUCUGCGCCCUUGCCAUAGAAAUGGCAGCCGCCGAGGCAAUGCUGGAUGCGAGACAUCCUGCCUUACCCACCGUCCCCGGCGACGACAAUACUUACAUCGCAGGCAGGGUGGGCUCCCAUAAUGUUAUUAUCAUGUGUCUUCCAGCUGGGGUUUAUGGGACGACUUCUGCUGCCAACGUAGCGUCUCAAAUGCGGCUCACCUUCAAGGGCAUUCGGUUUGGACUGAUGGUGGGAAUUGCAGGGGGAGUCCCUAGUGCAGACCAUGAUAUUCGGCUCGGUGAUGUCGUUGUCAGCAAACCAACGCGGGAUUCCGGGGGAGUGAUCCAAUACGACUAUGGCAAGGCCGUGAGCGGCGGCCACUUGGAACGGACGGGUGUCUUGAACAAGCCUCCAACAAUGCUCCUGACAGCCGUGACAGCGCUACAAUCAGCACACAUCGCGGAUAAAAGUCGUAUUCCUGAUCUAAUCGCAGACUUGGCGGAGCGGCGUCCCCGUAUGAGGGAGAAGUUCACGUAUGACAGCCGCAGGGAAGAUUUGUUGUUUGAGGCCCAGUACAAUCAUAUCGGCCCCGCGAUAACCUGCAAUGGCUGUGAUAGACACCGGCUAGUUACCCGAGCGCCGAGAGAUGGAAAUGAUCCUGUUAUCCACUACGGUCUGAUCGCAUCCGGCAACCAGGUCAUCAAGGAUGGUUGGACCAGAGAUCGGCUAGCCCGGGGACUAGGGAUCAUGUGCUUUGAGAUGGAAGCGGCCGGCCUGGUGGACACGUUCCCAUGCCUAGUAAUUCGAGGCAUCUGUGACUAUGCCGAUUCUCAUAAGAAUAAACAAUGGCAAGAGUAUGCAGCUGCGACGGCAGCAGGGUACGCAAAGGAGCUUCUCUCCAUGGUCCAUGCCGUUCACGUUGCCGAUACCGUGAACCUGUCGAGCCCGACUAAAAAAAUACCAGUCGUUCGUAGCAGCAAGGCCUUGUCCAAAUCGUGGGGUUCAUCAACUUGGUUGCCUUGGCAACAUGGUGAUCUCGACGAGGCGAUAUUCAGGCGCAUUUCAGCCUACGAGCAUGAAAACGUUCACCGGCGACUUGCUCACAAACGAGUCUUGGGUAGAGUGCAGUGGUUCUUGGAUCAUCCCGAUUUCAAGGCAUGGCUGGAAGAGAAGAAAUUCUCGAGACUGUGGUGCUCCGGGAAAAUCAACUCGGGUAAAACGAUGAUAGCUUCGGCAGCCAUUGAUGCUGCCAAAUCUCGAUCGAAAGAACACUCUGCUCCAACGGUCUUUUUCUACUGUGAGAGCGACCGACCGGACGAGCUCAAUGGAUCCUACAUCCUCUCCAGUCUCAUCGAACAACUAUGCGGCUAUCUUCGUGCAAAGGACAGAGGCUACCCCAACGAUGUGGCAGACGCGCUAAACCGCUUUUUCGGCAAGAAGCGAGUGAUUCCCGACUUUGACGAUUUGAAGGAUGUUUUCAUCCAGUUAUUCUACCACAUCCCAGACACGGUGUAUAUCAUUGACGGACUCGAUGCAUUAAAUCCGGAUCAAAGUAAAGACCUGUUCGAGUUGUUCAGGUUCUUGUUCUGCGGUUCAGGAUCCGCAUCAGACUCACGAAUACUCAUUUUCAGCAGGGAACAACUUCCUGGCUACACAGGCAUCCCCCUCUUCAUGGCAGGCAUUCAUCGAAUCUCGACUACGUCCAAUGUGACGCCAGAUCUUCAGACCCUGCGAAAUCGAAAGGCUUACAGCAUCCGCGGAGAAUCAUGUGGGGUGUAUGGACUCUCUCUUGAUUGGCGCUACCAAGUUCAGAUAUCUCCCGGCGAGUUCUUUGUUGUGGGAAGGGUCUUCGCAAUCCUCUGGCACGAAGGCAGAGGACAACAAGGAACUGUUAUCUCAGACUUUAUCAGCCAAGGCGAAUCCACACAGGGCCAAUUCACCCGAGGCAGAUUUGGAGAGGAGAUCUUCAGUGGUAUUCGGCGCAUGGUGGUUGUUAGAGCGAUGAGUGAAAGUGCCUGGUGUUUGCCCAUCACCACCUACAGUGGCCAAGGAGUAGCCGAGCCAGGCAUUGACCCAGCAAAACAUGCCAUUAUAUAUAUGCGGGGAUCCGUUCCAACCUGCAAAGCUAAUGAGCCACGAAUGAACAAGGAACCCUUGGAGGUCGAACCAGCAAGACCUGAUGAGAAGCUUGAUGAGAUGUCUCGUCUUAAUUUCGGCAAGGUCUACACCGUUGAACAUAAUGUCAAAGUGCGACCCAUUGGGAUGAUAUCCAGGAGCUCAAUGGCCAAAUUCAGAGGCUAUGUGAGCAAUGAAUUUAGACUCGGCAUUUAA